GAAUCAAUCCAUUUAUCCCUUCUGUGCUUUUGAUUUUGCAAGGAUACCACCUCUUUGGGGAUAUUUCAAUCCUCGACUUUACCCGUUUACCCGUUUAUCCGACCGUUGUGGCCGCCCUCCGCCUUUAUGACCUUUGCUUGCCUUCGCAGAAGUUGUGUCUGAACCGCAAAUACGGGAUCCGAGGGUGAAUCCCUGUGGAAACGGCGAAGAUGGGAGACAAACAUGAAGGGCACAAGCGCUCAAAGAGUGCGCUGGCUCUCUCCAUUCUCCAUCGCGAUAAGUCAAAGAGUGACGAUGGUAACGAUGAUAAGCACUCAAAUCUAGACCCCGGUUCACCGAUAUCGACCUCCCCCUCCCCUGUUCACGAGUCCCGCCAUUCGUACUCUGCGUCAAUGAGUUACCUACGGCCAUCAAGGCGAAAAGCAGAGGCGGAGGCCACGAGCAGCCAGAGCAGCAAUAAAUUGCCGUGCGAGAGCCCCGAGAAUCCUACAGAUUUAAGAGACAGGUUGGAUAUGAACACAGCUUCCACAUCAAAUGUCCCAGCGGGUGGUGCUCUGUCGAUAGAGCAAUCCGUACGGACCUUUCGGUUGUUUGAGAUCCUACGCGAUGGAGACACAACAGCCAUAUCGAAGGCAAUCAAGGAGUGUCGAGAUUCUGAAACACAAAACACCAUAGCGCUAGGAACAAGCAUCCUUCACCUAGCAAUCCAAUGUGCAGAGCCUCAAGUCGUUGAAUAUGUACUUUCGAAUGGUGACGUUGAUGUGAAUGCUAGGGAUCGUGAUGGAAACACCCCUCUUCACUUGGCAGCGCAGUUGGGACGACUAUCAAUUGUGAAAGAAUUGCUGGAUCGUCCAGAUAUCAAUGACGGUAUCGCAAACUUCCAUGGCCAGACUCCUCUUGACCUCGCCCGGACGCCCGAAAUUUUCCAGCAGCUCCAGCUUUCCCGAUCGCUAUUUAUAGAAGCGAAGACUCGAGAGAUCCAGUGCCUAGUGGCACAGGGUGAUUACGAGGGAUUGGAAAAUUUGCUGGUCGACCCACGAGUUCAAGGAACGGUCGAUGUGAAUAGCUUGGACCUUGUGACAGAUCGCACGACAGCCUUGACCGGUGGAACCUUGCUGCAUGAAGCGACAAGGAAGAAGGAUUCAAGGCUAAUCCAGAUCCUGCUGAUGAAUGGCGCCGAUCCUUUUCGCCGUGAUAGAAAGGGAAAGCUUCCACAGGAUGUCACAAAGGAUGAUCGUACAAAAGCCAUCGUGAAGAGGUCACCAGCUGCCGUUAUCGCUCAGCAGGGAAUCCAGGAAAGGUCCAUUCUGGGAAGUAGUUCUGGGCAUGGUGGUGAUGUGAGCAUUGGAGGGAAAGACGCCCGUGAAAUGAAAGGGUACCUCAAAAAGUGGACAAAUUAUACCGGAGGUUACAAAUUAAGAUGGUUUGUGUUGGAGGAUGGGGUUAUGAGCUACUACAAACAUCAGGAUGACGCUGGCUCUGCAUGUCGUGGCGCGAUCAAUAUGCGUAUUGCAAAGCUUAAUAUGGAUCCCCAGGACAAGACCCGAUUUGAGAUUCAAGGAAAAUCCUCUGUCAAGUAUCACCUGAAGGCGAAUCACGUUGUGGAAGCCAAGAGGUGGUUUUGGGCAUUGAAUAAUGCCAUUCAGUGGGCAAAGGAUGAAGCGAAGGAAGACGACCGGCGACGGACGAGAGAUGCUGAGGUUCUACGACAGGCAAGGAUGGACCAAUUUGGACAGGUACAGGAUAAUCAAACCGACACGGGAAGUUUCACCAGUGGCAAGGGCAACGGGAAAACACUCGCCCCUCCGUCCUUGGGCCUCACACCUAGCGGAUCGAAACUAAGUCUCCAGCCUUCCAGAGGCGCCUCAGAAAGCGGCGUCGGGGAUGAAGAAGGGUCGGUCUCCAUUGCCCUUGAUCCCACGUACUCGCAGCCUACUAUCGACCGUAUUAUCAGUCAAGCCACUAUACCCGCUGAAGGCGAUGUGGAUGAUGACGACUAUGGUGAUUACGAUAGCAGUCGGGAAGUCAAACCAUCGAACAAGGACGCGUUCAACAUUACAGCACAGUCUGUGAAACUGCAACUAGAUCUCUUGGGAACUGUCUCAGCUGCGUUACAGGCCGAAAAGGAGAAAAGUCCUAAUACGACAAUUUCAGAUCCGUCUAUAACCCAAGCCUUAACUACCUAUGAAGGAGCAGUUAGCAAUUUGAACUCCCUUGUACUUGAUCUACUUAAGAUCUCACGAGAUCGCGAUGCUUACUGGCAAUAUCGCCUGGAGAGAGAAGCCGAUGCGCGGAAAAUGUGGGAAGAUAGCAUGGCUCGUAUAGCGCAAGAGCACGAGGAGCUUCAGAAUAGAAUGGGAGAGUCAGAAGACAAACGCAAACGAACAAAGAAGGCUUUAAAAGAGGCCUUAGAAAGCGCAUCUACAGUCCCCAGCUCAGGUCCUUCACACGUCCAGAUAUCAGACGUGGUCGAGGUUGUUAAGGAACUGGCUUUGGACAAAGAAUCAAUUCAGUCUAAGCCAAGUGGUCAUGAACUGGUGCGUAGGAGGUCGAUCUUGGAUGAAAUAAGUGCUCUGUCAGAGAGUGAGGAGGAAGAGGAAGAGUUCUUCGACGCAAUUGAUGCUGGCGAGGUUGAAGUUGUUAUUCCUCCAAAGCCGGAAGAGGUACCGCCUGCCGAUUCUGAUGUUCGAGCUCUAAAACAAUUAGAGAUUGAGCCGUCAUACAAGGGAUAUGAGGACCCAAUACGCAAACGUCUAAAAAUGGACGAUGACAAUCGACCAAAAAUUUCGCUCUGGGGCAUUCUUAAAUCGAUGAUUGGAAAGGACAUGACCAAAAUGACGCUCCCUGUUUCAUUCAAUGAGCCCACCUCGUUACUUCAGCGUGUGGCAGAAGACAUGGAAUACACCGAUCUCCUCGAUGUCGCCGCCGAUCGGGCCAAUUCUUUAGAGCGUAUGAUUUACGUUGCCGCAUUUGCGGCCAGUGAGUAUGCUUCGACAAUUGGACGUGUUGCUAAGCCAUUCAACCCACUUCUUGGGGAAACCUAUGAGUACGUACGGCCAGACAAAGGUUUCCGCUUCUUCAUCGAACAAGUCAGUCAUCAUCCACCGAUUGGUGCCGCCUACGCAGAGUCGGCCAAAUGGGAUUAUUACGGCGAAUCAGCUGUAAAGUCAAAGUUUUACGGUAAAUCUUUUGAUAUCAAUCCGUUGGGUACUUGGUUUUUGAAACUGCGCCCGGUUACUGGUGGCGAAGAGCUUUACACUUGGAAAAAAGUCACUUCCUCGGUAAUUGGCAUUAUUACUGGGAGCCCGACCGUGGACAACUAUGGUCCGAUGACGAUCAAGAACUGGACAACCGGUGAGGUUUGCAACCUGGACUUCAAGCCACGUGGCUGGACGGCAUCAUCCGCCUACCAGGUUACCGGCAAAGUUUUAGAUCGGGAUGGUGUUCCAAAAUGGAGUAUUGGCGGGCGUUGGAACGACAAAAUUUAUGCACGACACACACCAGGAUAUCACGAACCAGUGUCAGCACCGCAAAACGACGCAUCGGCCAAUCCGGAUUCAGCGCAAGCCUUCUUAGUUUGGCAAGCGAAUCCACGGCCGACUGGGAUUCCGUUUAACCUCACACCUUUCGUUGUCACUCUUAACGCGAUACCAGAGAGCUUAAGACCAUUUUUACCUCCUACAGAUACCCGUCUACGGCCAGAUCAACGUGCCAUGGAAGACGGCGAAUAUGACUUUGCAGCCACAGAAAAACACCGUGUCGAAGAGAAACAAAGAGCUAAGCGCAGAAAACGUGAGGCCAAGGGCGAGGAAUUCGUCCCCAAAUGGUUCAGCAAGGGCAGAUGUGGCGUCACUGGGGAAGAAUACUGGGUUUAUGGCGGAAAAUACUGGAAAUGUAGAGAUACGGGUGAUUGGAGCUUGUGUGAAGAUAUUUUUUAAGAAACACUGUCCAGAGGGAUUUAUUGUUGCCCUACGGAAUGGGUUUCUGCGAGAUUGCAUUCUGUGGUAGUCAUAGCAUGGGCACCGUUUUCGUGAAGCCAUUUUGUGAACCGCAAUUGGCGAACUUGAGUGACAGAUACAUGGCCCAUUCGGCUAAUAUAACAUAGCACGUAUAUAGGUCAAUACCCAUCUCAUCGUUGUGGACUUGAA